GCUGCCUCUGUCACCUUCUUGGUCAGAAGACACCAUUUCGACUCUAAGCCAGCAUGAUAGAAACAUACAGUCAACCUUCUCCCCGAUCCGUGGCUCCCGGACUGCCCGUCAGCAUGAAAAUUCUUCUGUAUAUACUUACAGCCUUUCUCAUCACCCAGAUGAUUGGCUCGGCACUUUAUGCUGUGUAUCUUCAUCGAAGACUGGAUAAGGUAGAAGAGGAAGUAAGCUUUCAUGAAGAUUUUGUAUUCAUAAAACAGCUGCAGAAAUGCAUCAGAGGAGAAGGAUCCUUAUCCUUGCUGAACUGCAAGGAGGUAAAAAGGAGAUAUGAAGACCUCGUCAAGGAUGUAAGUUUAAACACAGAAGAGAAAAAAGAAACCAGCUAUGAAAUGCAAAAAGGUGAUGAGGACCCUCAAAUUGCAGUACAUGUUGUCAGUGAGGCCAACAGUAAAACAACAUCUGUUCUACAGUGGGCCAAGAAAGGAUAUUAUACCAUGAAAAACAACUUGGUAACCCUCGAAAGUGGGAAACAGCUGACCGUUAAAAGACAAGGACUCUACUAUGUGUACACCCAAGUCACCUUCUGUUCUAAUCAGCAGCCUUCGAGUAAAGACCCAUUUUUAGUCAGCCUCUGCCUGAAGUCCACCAGUGGAUCUGAGAGAAUCCUACUCAGGGCGGCAAACACGCACAGUUCCUCCAAGCCCUGCGGCCAACAGUCUGCUCACUUGGGAGGAGUGUUUGAGUUGCAAGAAGACUCUUCUUUGUUCGUCAACGUGACUGAUGCAAGCCAAGUGAUGCACGGAGUCGGCUUCACAUCUUUCGGCUUGCUCAAAAUCUGAACAGUGUGCUGUCCCAGGCUGCAGCAGGGCUGAUGCCGGCAGUCUUUCCCACACAGCAAAUCAGUUAGGACCCGCCCCCUGUUGGACUGCCUAUUUAUAACCCUUGGACCCUCCUCACAGAGAACUAUUUAUUAUGUACCCCAAGGCACAUAGAGCUGAGAUAAGAGAAUUACAGGGCAGGCACAAAUCCUAACGGACCCUGCUCCCUAAGAGCUUGUAACCUGAAGCAGCACCUCUACUGAUGCCUGCAGCCAGAGAGCCCUAAGGAAAGGCCAAGGCAUGAAGCACAGAUGGCAGAGCUCAGAUGAAAGAGCAGAUAGCGGAGCGAGCUCUGCUGUGUUGCUUCAGGAGCGUGUCUUUCAGUGGAUAGUGUACUUGGCUUUCCAGGAAAGAUGCUCAAGGGCCGCUGUGAGCCUUAGCUCACCAUCUGUUAUGGUUGGCUUGGGGUUCCCUGUGGCCCCAAGAGGCCAGUUUCUAAAGUCUCCCAGGGAGAACUGAGAAAGUCUGCCUCUACCUCCCCACCCCCAAGACCCAACACUCAGUCUUUACAUCUCUCCAAUCUCUCUCUGUCUCUCUCUCUGUCUCUCUCUCUCUGUCUCUCUGUCUCUCUCUCUCUCCCUCUCUCUCUCCACACUCACACAUGCACACACACACACACACACACACACACACAUCACAUAGAGCCAUGCUCUUACUGACUGGUUCUCUUAUUCUCUCCCCUGUCCCUGUCUCCAGCACAGUCAGGGCAGUGUAGACAGCAGCUCCUGGCCUGGCUAUUCCUCCUCGGGGGACAACUGUAUUUAAAGGAAUCUGUUGUAGCUCCCUGCAGUCUCCAUUGUUUCUGUAGUGAACCUAAUGAUUAUGUCAUUAUUUAUUUUUGAAUAAUAAAGAGCCUUUACCGUGUUAUUGUUGUUGUUUAGUACUUAUAGCUCUGCGCCAACUCAGGUUGAGAAGGUGAGUA